AUGAAUCGGGAAGAUCUAGUGACAACACUUUUGGUCGCAACUAAGACCUUAGUGGUAAGGGAUGACUCGGAAACUACGGAUGCCGAGACUGGUAUGCCGUCUUUGACUUCCUCUAGUGAUUCUUACACUACCCCUUCUGUUUCAGUUCCGCCAAACAGUAACAAUCCUUUUAUCAUAAGACAACACAACCCAUCAGGCACAGUUUUCAUUGCAGUGGGGGCUAUAGUUGGAGCAAUACUUCUUGGAUUUAUCUUAUAUCAUUUGAUAGUAUCCUUGACUGCCUCAAGAGUAGCCAAAAAGACAAGCACUAACGACAGAAUCUUGUACGAAAAGUACGAAAGCAAUAACAACAAUGCCUAUGGGUACUCUAAUAUGACACCAACAUCAACCCUUAAUAACUUUGAAUACAAGAGUCAUCAUCAUGGAUCUUCUAUAUCCAAGCUACCGUUGUUGAACAGAUCAUUUGGCAAUUUACCUGGUGGUUCACAGGUGGGAGAUAAUUCAACAAUUUACCAAUCUGAUGUUGCAGUUCCAGCUUCAAAGCACGAUUUGACCAAGAUGUUUAUCUCACCAACCGCAGAAGUUAUGCAACAUAAGAAAACCAAAUCAUACAAUCCCUCAUUGACAAAUUUGCCACUUGGUGGAUCAGCCUCGAAUUUGGCAAACCCAUCUCCUGCUACUAAUAGGCAUUCUCAAUUGGUUCCGAGCUUAUACAUCAACAAUGAGAUCAAUAACAGCGAAUAUUCAGUUGCGCAACAUAAUCCAUCAAUUCAACAAUCGUUACAUGAAGAAGGUCAAAGUCCUGCACAACGCAGCGAUGAACUGCAACAAAAUACAAGAAAUCAAAACCCAAGAAAGACAAUUCCAUCGAUGUAUCUUGAGGAUUUAAUUGAUUGA